AUGGGAGUUUUAACUAUACUUUUGGUAGCCGUUGUUGGAACAGUCUACGGAUAUGGCGGUUAUAGCGUUGGCAAUGGCGGUGGUUAUGGUGGUGGUAGAGGCGGAGUUGGAGGAGGAGUCGUUACUUUUGGUGGCGGUGGAGGAGGCGUAGUUGGCGGAGGAGGCAUUGUUGUAGGCGGAGGCAGUGGAGGAGGCGGUGUUGUUGGUGGUUUAAUCGGAGGUGGCGGUGGAUAUGGAGGUUUUGUCGGAGGAGGUGGUGGAAUAGGCGGAGGAAUAGGUGGUGGAGCAGGUGUUGUAGUAGGUGGGGGAUUAGGAGGAGGAUUAAGUGGUGGACUAGGCGGCGGAUUAGGCGGUGAAUAUGGCGUUGGAUAUGGCGUUGGAUACGGCGGAGGAAAAAAGUCAUAUUAA